GUCAUCCAUUACGGCGAUUCAAUUCAUACCAUUGUUUUACUUUAUUUUUUCAUUAUUUUUGUUUACUAUUAUACUUCCCAUUUAGCAUUAAUGUUAUAAUAAUAUAUAAAUUUAGAUGAGAAAAACAUGUUUAUUAUAUUUUAUUGUUUAAACCAUAAUAUUAUACCCACAUAUUACAUAGAAUAUGGUGAAACGGAAGAUCUUUUGACAGUGCAGCGCUGAGUUAUUAUGGACUGAUCUCGAACAUCUAUUGUUAGGUAACCUAAGGAGUGGACGCUAUUUGUGGCGCGUUCGGGUCUUGUGAAGUUCCCCGAUGACCCAAGCAAAUACGGCAAAGCGCUGCAGCAACAUAAGGAGAAGCAACGGGAGAUAAGACGGCAGAUCGAACUCCACAAUCUUCUCGUCAGUCCUCAGGGUGCGUGCGUUGUAUAUUGCCAGGUCGAGUCGUCGUAGGUGGCAACCGAACCUCCACCGGAGAUUCUUAGCACCCCCUGCCCUGCCGUUACCAUGGUCGCCACCGUAGCCAGGAAUAGCGGGGCCGCCGGGGACUGGGGGCCGUCUCUUCGUAACUUUCAUCAUGGGGGGUAUAUUGCCAUAGUUGCCACGCUUGGCGAGCGGGUUGGCAACCGCAGUUUUUUAUUGUAUUUUUGCCGUUACCAGGAAGAUGCUGCUGCCCAUCUCCUGCCUGUUUCCCUUUGUCGCCUUUUACGACACCCACGGGAAGAUAUGGGGUAGUGGAUAUUCUUAACCGUCACUACACGGCAUGACAGAUCAUAGAGUACUGAAACUCGAAAUGAUCCUUUUGAUUGAAUGACCCUAAUGACCCGGUUCGUGAAGCGAAUCAAUACUUGAAUGAUUUACUAUAAAUGAAUGAAUGACAAUACAUCGUAGCAGAGUGUCGAUAUGACGUUUAUUUCAAUUACAGAAUUAUUUUCAUUACGAGCUAUUAAAAUGUGUAGUGUUUACCGUAAAACUGACGCUAUUUUGUAUUGUCAUUGUCAUCGGCAGUAGGGAUGUCGAUUCUUUCCGAAAAAGAUCGAUUUUUAAAUCGAUUCGAAUCGUAAGCUGAUGUAUCACAUAGAUUAAAAUAGGUUAGGUUCAACUUAUGUCAAAGAACCGAUUGAUUUACCCCAAUUCCACCUGGUACGAGUCUGUCCCAUUCCUAGAGUGUUUUAUAGAGCCGGAGGCGAGUAGGGGGGAGCAGCCUCUACGACUUUGCGUAACAAAUCGCAGGCAUUCUUUCAGAGGCUGCUCUUGCCGCAGCGCCGGAGACGUUGCAGUUUCAAAAUAGAUACAGAAAUCCCUCUAAUCAGUCCCCCAAUUUUUUUUUUUCCCCUAAGGAAGGGGGAACCCCCUUCCCCCCAAGGGGUCUCCUUGGUUUUUUACACUUAAUUUUCUUAUUAAUCUAUAAAAUGGGGAAAAUUUCCUCAGAAUUAAAAAUGAAAAAAAACUAGAAAAGGCUCCGAAACUUUCCUUUUAAGGGGGUAGUACACCUUCCCCCCCACGCCCCACCCAUCCCCUCUCAAUUUGACGAACGUCAAUGGAAAUUCGGAAUAAAAUAAUUUUGUUAUUUAAAUAUAAUUCGAGAAUUCGAUAUAAUCUGUGGUAGGGAUUGACAUAAAUAUUGCAAAAAUAAUUGAUUUUCAAUAUUUUUUUCUCGAAAAGUACGCGUCUCCCAAUGUUGAAACUUUGUGUGUGCUUAUAAUACCUUCCUGUAAAAAAAAUGUCAACCCCCAACUCGACGGAUGUCAAUGGAAAGUCAUACCAAGGAAAUUUGUACAUUUCACAGGAGCGUUUGGCGGCGCUUCAGGCGGAGGCACGUAACCUUCUGAUGCUGCACCGGCCCUGGAGAUGCGUGGAGGCCGAUUUUGCCGAGUUUCCUGUUCCGGAAUUGGCGGCUGUCAUAAACCCCAAGACUGUGAAAGUGGGGACAAUCCGUUACCCAGCCUCCGAAACGGCGCAGACCAACGAGGACACGGUCUACGUCACACCGUCGCAGCUCGCCAAACUACGCGAUUCGGUAACAGAACUGCAGUCCGAAGACGUUAAGUUGGAGCUCGCUCCUCUCGAUGACACCGUUUGUGCGGCUUAAACAUAUGUCUCAAUGAAUUAUAGCUAAUCUAGAU